CCACCUUCUGGACCCAAACGCCAGGAAGCCCCGGUAGGUUGUGUGCUCGGUCUGUCAGCUGAAAGACGCAGAUUUCACUCCACAACCCCCCGGAGGACCGAGCGGAAGCGACCCUGCUCUGAUUUACUUGAACUAACAACACACAGCCAAACACACAAAACACACCUGAGUGACCAGCUGACAGACGUGUUGAACUGUGACCAGACAGGGUUUUAGAUAAAUGGCUGAUAAACAGAUCAGUUUGCCUGCCAAAUUGAUCAAUGGAGGGAUUGCCGGCCUAAUUGGAGUGACCUGUGUGUUUCCCAUUGACCUGGCCAAGACUCGCCUGCAAAACCAGCAAAAUGGAUCUCGCCUUUACACCAGCAUGUCAGAUUGCCUUAUUAAGACCAUCAGGUCAGAGGGGUAUUUCGGGAUGUAUCGAGGAGCUGCGGUGAACCUAACACUAGUCACGCCAGAGAAGGCCAUUAAAUUGGCUGCUAACGACUUCUUCAGGCAUCACCUCUCCAAGGAUGGGAAACUCACUCUGUUCAAAGAGAUGCUGGCUGGAUGUGGGGCGGGUACAUGCCAGGUUAUCGUAACAACUCCUAUGGAGAUGCUGAAAAUCCAGCUUCAGGACGCUGGACGUCUCGCUGCUCAGAGGAAGCUCAUGCCAGAGACGGUGGCAGCAGGCACCGUGGAGACCAAGUCCCCCACGGCAAUGCAGCUAACCAGACAGUUACUGAGGGAAAAGGGCAUCGCUGGGCUUUACAAGGGCCUUGGUGCCACAUUGCUCAGGGAUGUUCCUUUUUCCAUCAUCUAUUUCCCUCUUUUUGCCAAUCUGAACAAUCUGGGGAAAAAAGACGUGGAGGGCCCGGCUCCUUUCUACGUGUCGUUUGUCUCAGGCUGCGUUGCAGGAAGCACAGCAGCUGUUGCAGUCAACCCUGUUGAUGUAAUAAAGACCAGACUGCAGUCCUUGAACCGGGGGAGCACAGAAGACACGUACGCUGGAGUGACCGACUGCAUCAGGAAAAUCAUGCACAACGAGGGCCCGGCGGCCUUCCUGAAGGGAGCCUACUGUCGAGCCCUGGUCAUCGCACCGCUUUUCGGCAUUGCACAGGUGGUCUACUUCCUUGGCGCGGGCGAAUUUAUCCUCAGCUUUUUGCCUAAAAAAGGCAACUAAGGAGCGCCUUCUUUCUGCCUUCUCUCCCAUGAUGCAUCACUUCAACUACAUGAGAAUUCAUCUUACUCUGAGAGGUUUUUUUUGUUUGUUUGUUUUGGGGGUCAGUGCGUGACCAGUCAUUGUGUUUUUAUUGUUGUGUUGAAUGUUAAGAAGGGAGCCUUUGUUUGCCAAGAUGCCUGUGGUGGCACACGAGUUUCCAGUUAGCAGGCUCAACUACAGAUGCUUUCCGGAAAUGAAGCCACAAAUAUCGGUGUACAAGUA